AUGCACAGCAAGAUCUUCACAUGGACCCCGCAUUCCGUUAAAUCUGGGGCUAAGCUUCGCCAUCUACGCAAUAAGCUAUGGCCCUACCACAUCUUCGGGACCGUUUUUCUUGUCAAAGCGAGACUCCAUUGGCUGCACUUUUACAUAUGCCUGGGUUUGAUCUUGGGCAUACAAACAAGUCCUGAGCCAUUGUCUCAUCAGAUCACCAGCGCAUUACGUUCCACCAAGAAAACCACAGUCACCAACCAAUCACAACUUCUUUACAAACUACACCACACCACCGUGGAUCAUAUCACAACAAUGGGAAUCCUCUCCAAAUCCAAGGCCUCUGAAGCCGCCGGCGACCAGCAAAACAACCCCGCUCUUUCCGACGACAGUCCCCCAAACUACGACUCCAGCGCCUCUAGCUCCCCACCAACCUACACCGAAAUCCAAACCCUCCUCUCCUCCCUCUCCCAAGGUGACCCCGACGAAACCAUCCUCGUCCCCAUGGUCAUGCGCCGCGACUCCACCUCCCUUCACCGCCUCAACCCCUUUUCCCGGAAAGGCUACCAAUCCACUCCCUCGUACAUAUCUUCGCGCGCAAUGAAGCGCUCCAUGUACCUUGCCCACUAUGCCAAGGACUCGGAGGGCAACUAUGUGGGCACCGGUGUGCAGGCGCCCGAUGCCGGGUUGGUGUUUGUAGCCGCGCAGGGGACGAGCGAGGAUUUGUUGAGACAGUGCGAAAGUGUUGCGAGGGAGAUGCAGAGGAGGAGGGGGGAGGGUAUUGGGGCAUUUGGGAGGCCGUUUGAUGCACAAGGUGGGAGGGCGGAUGGUAUGCAUGGGGGUGUAGGAGCUAUGGGGGGACCGAUUUGA